AUGCUUGGCAGCAUGUUGCGCUCGCUUGGCGCCGGCUGUUGGCCGCAGGUCUUCGCAGGACUCAGGGCCGAGUUCCGCAUCCUGCGCCAGGCGCUGCCGCUGGCCACGGACGCAGUGAUCCGGCUCAAUGGCAGCCACGAGCUCACCGGUGGCCUGGAGGUGAAUCUGGCCGAUCUGUUCAACUACACCGGGGUGGAGCUGGACCUGGCGGCGGAUACCUUCGGCACUGGCGAUGCUGUUGAUGCUGUUGCCGAACUUCCCGAAACGGAUUUGUAUCCUUUUAGGACCAGCACCGCAGCGCCCACGCCUCGGAACAGGACGGGGGCACGUGUGAGCUCGGAUGUGCCCAUUUGGGUGGUGCCCUGCUAUUCGGCCAUCCUGCUGUGCGCCGUCGUUGGCAACCUGCUGGUGGUGCUCACUUUGGUCCAGAAUCGUCGCAUGCGCACGAUCACCAACGUGUUCCUGCUCAAUCUGGCCAUUUCGGACAUCCUGCUGGGCGUCUUUUGCAUGCCGGUGACCCUGGUGGGCACUCUGCUACGUCACUUCAUCUUUGGCGAGCUGCUCUGCAAGCUCAUCCAGUUUGCACAGGCUGCCUCUGUGGCCGUUUCUUCUUGGACCUUGGUGGCCAUUUCCUGUGAGCGUUAUUAUGCCAUCUGCCAUCCUUUGAGAUCACGCACUUGGCAGACCAUCAAUCAUGCCAAUAAGAUCAUAGCCAUCAUUUGGCUGGGCAGCCUCAUUUGCAUGACACCCAUAGCGGCUUUCAGUCAACUGAUGCCCACCAGUCGACCAGGUCUUCGCAAGUGCCGUGAGCAGUGGCCGGCGGAUAGCUUGAACUAUGAGCGGGCUUAUAACUUAUUCCUGGAUCUGGCUCUGUUGGUGUUGCCUUUGCUGGCCCUUAGCUUCACUUACCUGUUUAUUACCCGAACUCUGUAUGUAAGCAUGCGCAACGAGCGGGCCAUGAAUUUUGGCAGCAGUGGUCCGGAUAUGGCUCCCGGGUCGGGUUCCGGUUCCGGUUCCGGUUCCGCCAUAAUGGUGGGUGGUGCCAUUGGUCCGGGCAGUCAGAGGCGUGCGAACGGAAGUCACUGCCAAUCGUUGGACACGAUUGUGGCACAGCAACAGCAACAGCAGCAGCAGCAACACCAUUCGCAGUAUUAUUAUGCUGACUAUGCUCAUGGCGGCAGCAAGCGACGGCUGCUGGGAGGUGCACCUUGCGAGGGGCGGCGACACCUGUACUGCAUGAGGAGUGCCUCAGUCAAGUCCCUGCGACAACAACAGCAGCAGCAACAGCAGGUGAACGGUGGGUCAAGUGCAGUCCCAGGCGGGGAUUGCUGCAGCAGGGCCCAGAGGAUGCGACACCAGAUGCAACACCAUCAGCAGCAGCAACAUCAACAGCAGCAACAUCAGCAGCAGCAUCAGGGUUACAUCAGCGACAACGAGUCCCGUCGCAAGUCCCUGUCCCAGCCCAGUCUUCGUAUUACAGAGGCGGGUCUGCGAAGAUCCAAUGAAAGCAAGAGUCUGGAGAGCAAGAAGCGUGUGGUAAAGAUGCUUUUCGUCCUGGUCCUGGAGUUCUUCAUCUGCUGGACACCGCUGUAUGUGAUCAAUACGAUGACCAUGCUCCUCGGUCCUGCGGUAUAUGAGUAUGUGGGCUACACAUCCAUCAGUUUCCUGCAACUGUUGGCCUACUCCUCCAGCUGCUGUAACCCGAUUACGUAUUGCUUUAUGAAUGCCAGCUUCCGGCGUGCCUUUGUGGACACCUUCAAGGGCAUGAGGAUAUGUGAACGGCUCUGUGCUCCUUGCUGUUUUUGGAGGCGACGGUCCAAGAAUGAAACGAAUCUUUCGGUGGCUGGGAACUCAAUUGCUUUGGCCAAUUCGGUCAUGUCCAGCCAUACGAUCCUGGAGAGUCCACGGCUCUGAGGCAGCCGGCGGAGGCAGGCGCCCGGAGCUCAAAUGGCGGAGACGGAGUCACUUUAGUUUGGUGACUCUCAUUUGUGAUGAUGCAAUCUAACUGCAAUAGAAACUGUGUGGUUGUCAACGAUGAUUCUGCCGCGUUCUGAAUGUGUGUGGAUGUGGUAGGAAGAGGUAUAGAAGGAGCAGGAGGAGCAGGAGUAGCAGGAUAAGUAGCAGAAUCCGGGGAAAGUUAAGCCUAGCA